AUGAAAUCCCCCAUUCCGGACUACCUCAACCGCGUCCUCGACCAUGCCCGCCCAGACGAAUCCGGAGCUCCAGCAGGCUAUAUCGAUGUGCUGGCCAAGGCCGACACCUCCCGCCUGGCCGUAGCGAUUGCCAUGGUCGAUGGAAAUGUGUACUCAGCGGGUGAUGAUCAAGCUGAGUUCUCGAUACAAUCGAUCAGUAAAGCUUUCGUCUACGCUCUCGCCAUCGAAGAUGCGGGGCUCGAGCACGUCGUGGAGAAAAUCGGUGUCGAGCCAUCUGGUGAUGCCUUUAACGAGUUGUCCCUUCAUAAAGAAUCCAAUCGCCCGAUGAAUCCAAUGAUUAAUGCCGGUGCCAUUACUGCACACUCGCUGGUCGUGGGCCCCAAUGCGACAGCGGAGGAGCGGACGGAUCGGAUCUUGAAGGUGAUGUCGAAGCUUGCCGGGAGGGAGUUGAAGGUGUGUGAGGAAGUUUAUGAGGCCGAGAUGAAGGACUUUGAUCGUAAUAUGGGACUGGCUCAUAUGCUGAAGGCGGCGGGGAUUAUCAGUUGCAAUCCGCCCGAGGUGGUGAAGGGCUAUAUCCGGCAGUGCUCCAUCAAUGUUACUGUGAGGGAUCUGGCGUUGAUGGCGGCGACGCUGAGUAACGCUGGUUAUCAUCCUGUGACGAACGAGAAGAUCUUUCCGCACGAUAGUGUGAGGCAGGUGUUGUCGGUUAUGACGACUUGUGGGAUGUACGAUGCAGCUGGCGACUGGGUCUCGAACGUUGGUAUACCCGCGAAAUCUGGUGUGGCCGGCGGGAUCCUGGGGGCCCUACCAGGACAAGUCGGCCUGGCAGCAUUCUCGCCUAAACUGGAUGACAAAGGUAACAGCGUCCGCGGAGUCCGUAUCUGCGAGAAGCUGUCACGGGAUAUGGGCUUCCACAUGAUGGACGUCAGCCAAAUUGCUCGCUCCACCGUUGCCACAGCUAUCGCCAAGAUCAAAACGGCAGACGACCACGAUCCUAAUUGCAAUCGCCGCAUUGCUAUCUUCCACAUGCGUGGUGCGGUACGAUUCGCUGGGUCGGAGAUCUUGACGCGGGCCUUGACUCGAAUGCUAGGGGAGGAAGACCCUAACGAUCCAGGCUCAGGUGCCUACGCAGAUGCAUGUGCGGUCGUGAUCUCGUUCCGCGAUGUCUUCUCCCUGAACAAGGUUGCGAGACGGGUUGUUCAUGAGGACAUCAAUCGGUUGAUGGCAGAGGACAAGAAUGUCGUGGUGAUAGAUCCAACAGGAGUCUUGCGAUGGGAUCCAGAGGGUAAGGAUAGGCAUCCUAAGGUGGUCGAUGAUCAGAGCCAGGCCAGGGAAUACAUUGGUGGCGCAGGCUGCUCUGCAUCGGUAGAAGAGGACUGGUAG